AAACACGCAUGCAUUCAUUUACACAAAAGAAAAAUAGUUUCAUUUCAAUCUUUCAAUAUGUCAGAAGAUGGUGUCAACCAGUACUGAACAACCCUAGCACAAACAACAGAGCUUCCAACAUUGUCAUACUUCUCAUUUCUUCACUUUCUGGUGAGAUUUAUGGUUUGCAUUGUUGCUUUGAUCUAACCCUCAAAUGGGUUUUGUUCUUUUUUGGUGUUUUAGUGUUUAGUAUUGCAAAGAUUGAAACUUGGAAUGUGAAAUGAGUGUUAGUUGAGUGUUGAACUCUGACAUUGUUCUCUCAAGUAGUGAUAGUGAGCUUCCAAGGAAGAAAAAUCUGACCUUUGCUUCUUUUUUUUUUCUAGUUUUUUUCUUAUUUUUUUUAGUGCUACUUGUCAUCACUAACCUUACUGGUUUCUGAAUUUAUUGGUUGGAAUCCCAAUUCUGGCUGGGAAAUUGGGUGGGUGAAACACUGAAACUUAGUUAGAAAAACCCAUUUUUUUAAUGUAUUGUGAGUGUUUUGCUUUUUGCAAGAUUUUGCAACUUGCUACCUUUUUGUUGAAGCAUGGGUGAAGGGUUACUAUUAGAUUGAUCUGUGUGACAGUGUGAGUUCAAAGGUUUGGACUUUACUCCAUGGAAUGCCCAAACACUAAACCUGUGAAACCCAACUCAAAUAUAUCAGAAAUGGUAUGCAAGUUUGCCAAAGUUUGUAAACUGAAAUCUAUUGGGGUAUUAUCUUCUGAAGCCCCCAAUCUCCAUCACUUGCACAAACCCAUUUGCAAUGAGGCCUCUCUGAGUGAGGAGAUUAGAUGCUAUGAUCAGAAAGUCCAUCCUCACCCGAUUGAAGUGCCAACCAAAGGGGAUCUCUUUGCUGGUUUAGAGUUCUUGAAGAAGAUUUUUGAUGUUGUUUCAGCUCUGAAAUUGGCAUACCUUCAGCUUCAGCAAGCUCACAUCCCUUAUGACCCACUGAAGAUUACUGCUGCCGAUGACCGCGUUGUCGCGGAGCUUGGGAAGCUCUGCAGGUUCAAGCGCGAGUAUAAGGAGAUGCAAUGCAAGAAAGCACAGUUCAAUGCUGAACGUUCUAAUCUCUUGCUGGCUGAAGUUUUGGCCAGAGAGGCAUUGCUGGGGAAGCUUAAGUCUCGAAAAAGUGCUAGAGAUUCUGAGAUUCUCAGGUUGAGGCAAGAGCUCACGGAUUUGGAGACGAGAAAUAAAAAUAUGACAGAGAAGAUCAAGCAUGUGAGAUUGGAGAAGAGGAAAGCGAGUGUUUCCAGUGUUACUAAGUUUCAGGAUGUCUUCAAGGCUGCUUCAAAGUCCAUCCAUGAUUUUGCGAAACCAAUGAUUAGCUUGAUGAAAGCUUCAGGUUGGGACCUUGAUAAGGCUGCAAAUUUCAUUGAGAAUGCUGCUGUUUAUUCCAAAAGGUGUGACAAGAAGUAUGCCUUUGAGGCCUACAUUGCGCGCAGAAUGUUUCAUGGGACUGCAUUAGCUUCUUAUUAUGUGAGUGACAUUGUGAAGUUUGAUGACCCAAUUGAUGCACUGAUGGAGAAUCCAGAUUCAGAGUUUGCUAAAUUUUGCCAAGCAAAGUAUCUGCUUGUUGUUCAUCCGAAUAUGGAAGAGUCAUUCUUUGGCAAUUUGGAUCAGCGAAGAUUUGUAAUAAGUGGGAAGCACCCGAGAACGGAAUUCUAUCAAUUGUUUGCAAAAAUGGCAAAAUGGGUUUGGGUUUUAUUAGGAUCUGCGGUCUCAACAGAUCCUGAUGCAACCCUGUUCUCUGUGAGCAGAGGAAUCAUGUUCUCCAGCUUGUACAUGGAAUCUGUCGAGGAAGAAAAGGAGGGUGCAAUUCUUUCAGAUGAAGAACGGGCCACCCAUAAAGUGCAGUUUAUGAUCAUGCCUGGGUUUAAAAUCGGGCAGAUAGUGGUGAAGUCUCGAGUUUAUGUCUCACAACAUCCUUCAAGCUAAAUGGUGGCUGUUUUAACUGGUAAUUCAGCUAACAAAACCGCAUAAUUUUUGUACCAGAGUUCGGUUAAUGGUAGUAUGGUACCUUAGCUAGUUGAGAUAACCAUGACUAUUACUAGGUUAUGCUUGAAGCUCGAUCCAUCCACCAGCUCUGUUUGUAAUAUUUCUGAUUGAUUAGAGACCUGAUAUAUCUAUUAGGUACCAUGUCUUUAGUUGCUUUACUGCACUGUAUUUUCUUUUUUCUCUAUUAAGUGUAAAUAGAUGUUUAACUAAAACUGUCUUUCAUGAAUUCAUUUUAGUUUAUUCCAUGGCCAUCACUCAUCAAUGGUGUAACA